CAUAAGCAACAAACGCAUACACAUACAUAAUCUGCAUUUGCUCUUAAUUAGUGCAAAACACAAACACAAACAUAUAAUCUAAGCCAGAUGGGUUCCAAGGCAGCAGCUAAUAGACCUCAUGUUGUUUGUGUUCCAGCUCCAGCUCAAAGUCAUAUCAAGGCAAACCUCAAAUUUGCAAAGCUCCUCCACCAUAGAGGUGUUCAUGUAACCUUUGUCAACACAGAGUUCAACCACAACCGCUUUCUUAAAUCUCUUGGACCCAACUCCCUUGACGGGUUGCCCGAUUUUCGAUUCGAAACUAUUCCUGAUGGCCUUCCAGCUGGUUCAGAUCAAGAUGCAACCCAAGAUGUCUCUUUGGUUUCGGAUUCCAUCAACAACAAACUCUUGGCCCCUUUUCGAGACCUCCUUAUGAAACUCAAUGACAGAUCAACUUCCGACAGUGAUAUCAAUCCUCCAGUGACUUGCAUUGUUUCAGAUGGUUUCAUGCCAUUCACAACCACAGCUGCAGAAGAAAUUGGAGUUCCUAUAGUGCUUUUGUUUACUAUUGCUGCAUGCAGCUUCAUGGGCUAUAAGCAAUACCCUGCUUUGGUGGAAAAAGGUCUUGCGCCACUCAAAGAUGAGAGCUGUUUGACAAAUGGCUUCUUGGACAAGGUAAUAGAUUGGAUUCCAGGAAUGAAAGGUAUUCGUUUGAGGGAUCUACCGGCGAAUUUUCGAACUACAGAUCCCAAUGACUUCGUGUUUAACUUGUCCUUGGAAUCGAUUGAAAGAGUUCAUAAAGCUUCAGCAGUUGUGCUUCAUACUUUCGAUGCAUUGGAGCCAGAUGUUUUGAAUGCUUUGUCAUCUAUGUUUCCACUUGUUUAUGCCAUUGGGCCUGACCAAUUACUUCUCAAUCAAUUACCAGAAGACCCUUUGAAGCAUAUUGGAUACAAUUUAUGGAAAGAAGAAACUGAAUGCCUUGAAUGGCUAAAAUCCAAGGCACCAAAUUCAGUUGUGUAUGUGAAUUUUGGCAGCAUAGCAGUCCUGACACCACAACAACUUGUUGAGUUUGGAUGGGGACUUGCAAAUAGUAAGCUUCCUUUCUUUUGGGUGAUUAGGCCUGAUUUGGUUGUUGGUGAAUCAGCAAUUUUGCCACCUGAGUUUGUAGCUGAAACAAAGGAAAGAGGUCUAAUAGCAAGUUGGUGCCCACAAGAGCAAGUCCUUAACGACCCAUCAGUCGGAGGGUUUUUGACACACGGCGGUUGGAAUUCAACCAUUGAGAGUUUGUGUGCAGGAGUGCCUAUGCUUUGUUGGCCCUUCUUUGCAGACCAACAAACAAACUGUUACUAUGCUUGCAAUGAAUGGGGAAUUGGCUUGGAGAUCAACAAUGAUGUCAAGAGAGACCAAAUAGAGAAGCUUGUUAAAGAGUUAAUGGAAGGAGAGAAGGGUAAGAAAAUGAAAAAUAAGGUCAUGGAGUGGAAGAAACUAGCAGAAGAAGCCACCAGUCCACAUGGUUCUUCAUCCACAAACUUAGACAAUUUAGUGAAUCAAGUGAUCUUAAGAAAAACCUAGAUUAUUUUCAUUGAAGUUUUAACCCUGCGUACCAUUAGCCCUCUCUUCUCUCUCUAGUCUGAAGAGAGAAAAACCAUAGGAAUGUACAGCAGCCGCCGGCCCCUUUGGGGGUCGGUGGCUGGCUCCCCCUCCUCCCUCGAUCCCUUCUCCUCUCCUAUCGUCCCCUCAUCCCCUCCCCUACUCCUUUCCCAGCUCUUCCCCUUUCCUCUCCUCUUUUCUUCUCCCCAUCUUUCUCCCCUCUCCUCCCUUCCUUAUACCCGCCCCCUCUGCUUCUCACCCGCCCUUCCUCCUUGUCCCUCCUUUCCUUUUGCUCCUUCCCUCCCUCGCAGUUUUAGGCUGGGAUUGUGUGACUGGCUCUUUUGGUUUUUCGGUUUUAUCCGGAGUUGUCAAUUUUCGAGUUGCUUUGGGACCACUUUGCUGCCUCCGUUGGUUGCUUUGCAGAUCUUUUGUCGACUUUGAUUGCUGCUUUUGAUUUCGUGUUUUUUGUUUGCAGUUUCGGUGUUGAUUUUAGUGCUUGUUGCCGUGUCUAUUUGUAUUUUAUUUUAUUUAUCAGAGUUAAAAGUUGUAAGGGGUUGUAAUUGCACUUGUUGUUUGGGCGUCUAGGUCGUUUGGCUGUAGGGCGGGUUGUGUUCUAUGCCUGAUUUAUCUAGGCUCUCGGUUUCUUUACCGUAUUUUCUGUGGCCAUGUGAGUUUAUGAGGGGAGACACACGGUUGAUGUCGGUGUAUUUUCCCCCUAUCUGGAUUAACUUUUGGAGAGUAACUCUGCUUCCACAUUUGUAUUAACCUUAUAUGGGUAUAUGUCUUUGCACUGGCCUUUACAACUUACAAUCUUUGUGCUUGAUUUAUAAAUACAAUGUAUCGCUUCCUCUCAGAAAGGAAAACCUAGAUUUUGUUA